AUGACUGGAACCUGUUCAACUACGUUGAAGGUGAUUGGAGUCACGUCCAUUGGCUUGCUCGGCUCGUCGCUAUCGUUUCAGGGCAUGAAAGCCAUUCCAAACAUGAUUAGGAAUAUCAAUUCUGGAGAUAAACCAGUUGAUUUGCAAUUGGCGGCGCGUACCGUUCGCCUUGGAGGAGCUAUUAGUACGUUCUUGACAGGUUUAGCGAGUGUGGCUCUCUUGCUGAUUUAUAAGGCUGCUCCUGUCAACGAAAAACACCCAUAUCUCAUCUACACUGCAUUGGCGGCGCCAGUAUCAAUGGGACUUAUUUGGUAUAAGAGUUGGACUAAUCAGAAACGGGUUAUUUGCGGAGCACGUGGAGAAAGAAGAGCACAGAGGGUGAUGAGAGCAUCCAAGGCUGCUGCUGCUGGGGCUAAUUCCGCUACCGGUGCCGGUGCCAAAGAUGAUCUUACCAAAUCUUACAUCCAUGUAUCUGACGAAGAGUCAUCAGUGUCCACUCCCUCGUCAUCAGCACCAGGAUCGCCGCAGACCACGGCGUCGGCAACCAAGGAUUUAGAACAAGAGUUGUCGAUUGAGGAAGAGGUGGAACAGGCGCUUCGUAAGAAGGAACACGUUCACGACUUGAGAAGCAUUGCUGCAGCCCAAGUAUACGGAGGCGGCGUGGCAUUUGUCGGGUUUGCCCUUGGCUUGAUAGGCUUAGUGGGAGACAUUUACUUUAAUGUAUGA